GGAUGGCCGGAGCUGCUCUGACCUAGCCCAGGGUACCACCUGCAAUGUCAGUCUCAAGCCAGGCUGGACCCCAGGGGAAGACAGCAGAAGAGGUCAGGUGUUGUCCCAUUUCAGGGGAACCCUCUUCUCUGGCUCCCUUAUAUCCCAGGCCCAAGGCCAGAGCUGCUCAGAAUGGGACAUCCAUGUAGGGGGCCAUGGUGAUUUCUGGAUUUGGAAGCAACAAGGAAUCUCGGGGGGUCCUGCUCAGUCCCUGGGGCGCCUACAGAGGCCAGCGGUGGGCAGCACCUUCGACCUGGCCAGCCAUGCCUCCCUGGGGCCUGAGAGCCUGGCCCUGGAAGUGGCCUCAGGAGAGCCUGCUCGUGCCAGGCUCCCCCCAUACCCAGGGCCUGCUCCUGGACAUGGGGAGCAGGGAUCCUCAGGCUGCACCUGUCAGCAGUCUCCACCCACAGCUUCAGAGGUCCCUCUGAGGCCUGAGCCACCCAGCAACCUGGAAGACGCACCCCUGCUGCCCCGCCUUGCAUCCUUCCCCAGGGCAGAGGGGACAAAGGGCAAGCCUGCCACCCCAGGGACUGCCUUGCCAGAGCCUGCCCAGACCCUACACAUGUGUCCCUCUUCCAGGAGGACCCGCUACUACAUCACUGUCACCCUGCUGGGACACAGGCAAGCACCUGGGGAGGAGGGUGAAGAACCGGCCCAACCAGCUCCACCCCCCUGCGGCCCUGAGGAAUCCGAGGGCUGGUGGGAGCCUCCCCAGGGGCCACGCCCCAUCACAGGGUGCCGGACAGCCCCGCCCCAGGAACCCCAGCUGAGAGCCCAAUCGCAUCAGGGGAGCACGGCCCAGCAGCAGAAGCUCCAGGCUGGCUGGACACCUGGGUCCCCACGCAGACUGGAGCUGGACCACAGUGGGACAAGGACACCUCCAGACAGGUUGCCGGGGCCCCACAUGGAGGAGGCAGGUGGGCCCACGGCCCAGGCCAAGGCCCGAGUGGUGUCCCUGGUGUCAGGGGCCCAGAUGGAAGUCCCCCAGAAGGAGAUGUUUGAGUUCAGCCGUCGAGAGGAAGUCAAUGGCUUUGCAACACAGGAAGAAGAGACUGUCAAUUGCCAGGGCCCUCGGGAUACGGCUGGCUCCAAGAACUUCCAGAGCCAUGGACCCAUCUUUUCCAAGAAGUACAUACCACCUCCCAAGGAGAAAAGGCCUGAGGGGAGGUUGAAGGAGGCUGUGGACCAGAGUGAUGGCAGCCGCCAAGCUCCCAGGACUGAGCCCCCACGUGUGGGAGCUAUGGCCAGGACUGAGCUUUUGGUUCCCCUGCCUGGGCCCCGAGAGCCAAGUCCCCACCCAGGUGUAGGUCUCACCAGUGGUAGCUCCCGGAGCCUCGAGGAAUACCGAGUGACACGCACUGUGCGGACUGCCACGGUGGUGGGAGGUCAUGUGGACCGGCGGGUGAGCAGCUCUGUGACUGUGAGGCCAGUGUCCUCAGGUGAGGCCCUGCCACGGGGCCGUCAGGUCGCCCGCAUGGUGCCGCCAGUGGUGGUGGGCUCCCCACCAGGCUCGCCCAGCCGCAGCCAGGCUGUGAAAGUGCUAAGUAACCUCGUGCCUGCUGGACACAGCCCCCCUGCCAGCCACCUGCCCAGGCCCACGGCUGACAGGCCAAGGAGCACAGGUCUGGGCAGCACAGUGAGGGCAGCCUUGAGGCAGCUGCCUGAGACCAGGACAGCACAGCUUAAAGACAGCUCUGCCCUGGCCUCUACAGGCAUCCCAGCCAGUGCUCCCCUGCCUAAGAAUCAGGAUGCCCUUGCAGCCUGUCCGGACAGAGACCAGGGCAGAGCCCCGGAUGCCAGGGCCUGUGAGCUCCAGCAGGUGCUGGGAGCCCCCAGUUCCACUGAGCUCCCUCUCCAGACUUCUCAGGGUCAAGCAUCUGUCCCCUCCUCUCCCAGACUCCAGACCCAUGUCCCCUCUCCGGGCCUAACUCACCCUGCAAAGCAGCCUGUGGUGCCCACUCACCCCAGGGCCCAGCUCACUCCCUUUGUUCUGCCCCCUAUAAAAAGGGAAGGGCUCGUGGACCCCCCUGCUGCCACCGUCCUGCCCAUGGUGAGGAGCGAGCAUGUGACAGUCCCUGGACAACCUCCUGCUCCAUCCUCUACAAGAAGGAAGGAUGUCCCCAGCCCAGGAGGUCUUUCUGCUCCAUCAUCCCCAAGGAAUAAGUUUGUUCAGAACUCUGAAAAUGUCCCUGUCCUCCCCUUCGCCCAGAGGGAGGUGGUACGGGGCCCCGGUGCUCCUGCUGCCUUGUCCCCAACCCCGAAAGAGGUCGUGAAGGGCCCUGGUGCUCCUGCUGCCUCAUCUCCCACCCGGAAGGAGGUGGUGCAGGGGUCCAGUGCUCCUGCUGCCUCGUCCCCCACCUGGAAAGAGGUCGUGAAGGGCCCCAGUGCUCCUGCUGCCUCAUCUUCCACCCAGGAGGUGGUGCAGGGGUCCAGUGCUCCUGCUGCCUCAUCCCCCAUCCAGAAAGAGGUCGUGAAGGGCCCCAGUGCUCCUGAUGCCUCAUUUCCCACCUGGAAAGAGGUUGUGAAGGGCCCUGAUGCUCCUGCUGCCUCAUCCCCCACCCAGAAGGAGGUGGUGCAGGGGUCUGGUGCUCCUGCUGCCUUGUCCACCGCCCCAAAAGAGGUCGUGAAGGGCCCUGGUGCUCCUGCUGCCUCAUCCCCCACCCAGAAAGAGGUUGUGAAGGGCCCCGGUGCUCCUGCUGCUUCAUCCUCCACCCAGAAGGAGGUGGUGCAGGGGUCCAGUGCUCCUGCUGCCUCGUCCCCAACCCAGAAAGAGGUUGUGAAGGGCCCCGGUGCUCCUGCUGCCUCAUCUCCCACCCAGAAGGAGGUGGUGCAGGGGUCCGGUGCUCCUGCUGCCUUGUCCCCCAAGUCAACUGAGGUUGUCCAGGGCCCAGAAGGCAGCACUAGCAUCCAAAAAGAGGCUGUCCAGGGUAUUGCAGGCAGCCUUGCCCCACCCCUCACCAAGGAAGAGACUGUUCAAGGCCCAACUGCUCCUGCUACCUCACUCCCCAAACAGGAUAAGGGGGUCCAGGACUCUGAAGGGAGCCCCAUCUCAUCUCUCACCCAGAAAGAGGUUGUGCAGGACCCCGCUGCUCUCCCUGCCCCAUCUUCCUCAGUGGACAGGGUGUCCCCCAGCCCAGGAGGCACCCCUGCCCCAGUGCCAACAGGAGCAGAGGCCAGCACGGAGUCCCAGCUUGUCUCUGAUCCCACCGAGGGCAAGACGUGCCCAGAGACAUCAAGGGAGGAGGAUGAGGUGGCCCUGGCCGCUGACCUGGAGAUAUUCCUGGAUACCCUGCGGAGCAUGGAGCCCCCUGAGAUCCUCCGCACUCACCGGCUGCCACGAGCCCCUCGCUCCUCCUACCUUUCCAUGUACGCCACACUGCCUGCCAUUGAGGAGGACCAGCCGGGGCCAUGGGUGCUGGGCCCUGGCCCCCAGGAGGUGCCUUCACUGGAAGAGAAAGAGGAGGAGGAGGAGGAACCAGAGAACCCCUAUCUGAGUGAUGAUGAGAAGCUCCAGCGCAGGCAGGAGAAAGCUGGGCCCAGCCCCUCCAGAGACCUCCACCCUGCCAGACCCACCCAGGUCUCCUGCUCUCCUCUGGAGAUGAUGAAGAAGCAUGUAGCAGGAACCAAGGGCCCCCACUCAGAGCUGGGAUUGGAAUUGCAGGGAGGCAGCAGGCCCACUUCCCGUCUCGGAGGCAGCCUUCUGUUCGGCAGUCUGGUGCCUGCCACCAAGGAGGCCUCCACCCCGGAACCACUGGGCACAAAACUAUCUGCUCUGCAGCCCCAUGGGGCACCGGGGCUCAGGAAGGUGCCAGGACAGUUGCCCCUGCUUUGCAGUGAAAGACCAUCCCCAACGGAGAAGCUUGCCUGUUCCCUGCCCCUGGAGGGGUGGAGCCCAGCCUUAAAGACCCAGGGCAAGCCGAACACCAGGCCUGGAAAGGUGAUCUUCUUCUCGGAGUCUGGCUGCCAAGGCAGUGGCAGGGAGGUCUGGGGAGACAUUGUUGAUGCCUCAGGCUGGGCCCCCGUAGCCUCCAUAAGGGUAGUUCGAGGCUGCUGGGUGCUGUAUGAAGAGCCAGAGUUCCGGGGUCAGAAGCUGGUCCUGCCUGAAGGAGACGUGGAACUCAGAACCCCAGGGACAAAGUGGAGUCCCCAAGGCAUCGGCUCCCUAAGGAGGGUUGUCUGGGACUACAGCACCCCGGAAAUCAGCCUCUUCUCUGAGGAGGGCCUCAAGGGGGAGCAAGUGAAGCUAACAGAGGCCUUGAAGAAUUCCCAGGGUCUGGAGAAGCCCCUGCAGGUGGCAUCUGCCACCGUCUCUGCAGGACUGUGGCUACUGUACCCCAAACCAUUAUUUGAAGACACUCCCUACAUCCUGGAACCUGGAGAGUACCCCACCUCAGAGGCCUGGGGCACAUCGGACCCUAGCGUGGGCUCCCUGAAGCCCAUGAGAUUGGGCUGCCCAAGUGUGGAGAAGCCAGGGGAGCCCAGGGCUGUGGUGUAUGAGGCCCCAGGCUUUCAGGGCCGCAGCUGGGAAGUGAGCCGAGACAUCUACAACCUUCAGCAGCCAGAGGACAGCCAGAGCCCCCACCUGGCCUCUGUGGGGUCCCUGAGAGUUCUUGGGGGCUGCUGGGUGGGCUACGAGAAGGAGGGCUUCCGGGGCCACCAGUAUCUGCUGGAGGAGGGGGAAUACCCAGACUGGUCACACUGGGGAGGCUAUGACGAGUUGCUGACCUCCCUCCGGGUCAUCCGGACGGACUUCGGGGACCCGGCCGUCGUGCUAUUUGAGGCCAUGGACUUCGAGGGGCACGGCGUGGAGGUGAGCAAGGCAUUGCCGGAUGUGGAGCUGGUGCAACACGGCCCCAGCACACAGGCCAUCCACGUGCUCAGUGGCGUGUGGGUGGCCUACCAGGAGGUGGGCUUCUCCGGGGAACAGUACGUGCUGGAGAAGGGCGUGUACCGUAACUGCGAGGACUGGGGUGCUGGCAACAGCGCCCUCGCCUCGCUGCAGCCGGUCCUACAGGUCGGGGAGCACGAUCUGCACUUCGUCUCAAAGAUUCAGCUUUUCUCCCGUCCCGACUUUCUGGGCGAACACUUCUCCUUCGAAGAUGACCAGGUCGCUCUGCCCGCCUCCUUCCGACCUCAGUCCUGCCGGGUCCACGGCGGCAGCUGGAUCCUGUUUGAUGAGAAGAACUUCGAGGGUGACCAGCACAUUCUCUCUGAGGGCGAGUUCCCCACUCUCACGGCCAUGGGCUGCCUAGCCUCCACAGUCCUGGGCUCUCUCCAGAAGGUAUCCCUGCACUUUUCAGAGCCUUCGAUUUUCCUGUAUGGACUCGAGUGCUUCGAGGGGAAGGAGAUCGAGCUCAGCAGGGAGGUGCGGAGCCUGCAAGCUGAGGGCUUCAACAACCAUGUGCUGUCCGUGCGGAUCAAGGGGGGCGUUUGGGUGCUAUGUGAACACAGUGACUUCCGGGGCCGCCAGUGGCUGGUGGGAAGCUGCGAGAUCACCAACUGGCUGACCUACAGCGGCACCCAGAGGGUGGGCUCCCUCUACCCCAUCAAGCAGCGCCGGGUUUAUUUCCGCCUCUGGAAUGCAGCACUGGGGGGAUUCCUGGCAGUGCCGGACCACGUGGAGGACAUGAAGGCAGGCCGUGUGGUGGUCUCCGACCCCCGAGCUGGAGGUAGCUGCAUCUGGUACUACGAGGAUGGGAUGCUGAAGAACCAGAUGGCCCCCACAAUGAGCCUGCAGGUGAUUGGACCCCCUAGCUCAGGCUCCAAGGUGGUGCUGUGGGCCGAGAGCCGCCUGCCACGCCAGACGUGGAGCAUCAGUGAAUCGGGCCACAUCUGCAGCCAGAUGUUCGAAGGCCAGAUCCUGGAUGUGAAGGGAGGCCGGGGCUACGACCGGGACCACGUGGUGCUAUGGGAGCCGGAUGAGGACAGAGCAUCCCAGAUCUGGACCAUCCAUGUGCUUUGAACCUUUUCCCCUCACCCUCCAGCCCUGGAGGCUUUUGCUGGGAUGAAUGUUUUUAUAGGGUUUUUGUUGUAACAUAAGCUAUUUUCUAAUAUG